AUGUGGGGCUACCAUGUGGCCCAGAGUUUUGUAUUUGCCAUUGAGGAGAUCAACAGGGACACCCAACUGCUGCCCAACCUCACGCUGGGCUUCUCCAUCUGGAACUCAGGGGACUCAGUGCACGGAGCGCUCCAUGAGACAAUGGACUUUCUUACAGGUCAGGAGGAGCCGGUCCCCAACUACAUGUGUCAGCCCAGGUCUCCCAGGGCUGCCCUGGUCGGAGAUACACGCUCAGCCGUGUCUGUCCCCAUCGCCAGGCUUCUGGGGCUCUAUAAGUUUCCACAGGUCAGUCACUCAUCCUCACUGGCCAGCCUCAGUGACAAGACCCAGUUCCCAUCCUUCCUUCGGACCCUUGCCAGUGACUUCACAUCCUCCCACAUGGUGGCCCAGCUGGUGCUCCACUUCCGCUGGUCCUGGGUGGGCGUUCUGGCACAGGAUGAUGACUUUGGGCAGCAGGGGAGCUCUCUGGUAACCCAGGAGCUGGGCCAGGCUGGGGUCUGCAUUGAGUUCCACCUGCACAUCCCCUCUCAGCAGUCCCUGGGGAAGACUGAUACCAUCAUCUACACCAUGGAGAGCUGCACUGCCACCGUCAUUCUGGUUUUUCUGAGCAACUCAAAUUUCCAGCUCAUCCUGCAGGGUUUGCUGGUUCACCAUCAUAUCUUGGGAAAAGUCUGGGUCAGCCAGGACACACUGCACAUAGCAAUUGCCCUGAGCAUGCCGGGCGUUUCCCAGGUUCUACGUGGUUCAUUCAGCCUUCUGCAGCACAGCACCCAGGUCCCCGGGUUCCCUGAGUUCCUUGCUCAACUGCAUCCCACCCACACCCCAGAAGACAUGUUCAUAGAGAGGUUCUGGGAGGAGACCUUCAGAUGCAUGUGGCCCCAUAAGAUUCAAGGACUUGAGAAGAACAGCAAAGCAGCAGAGACAGUCCAGUUUUGUUCAGGGAAUGAGAGUCUAAGAGACCAGAAUUAUCCUUUCCAGGAACUGAGUAAAGUGGACAUUGGAUAUAUGGCAGUCUACAGCAUUGCCCAUGCCCUGAAGGAGCUGCUAGCCUGUGAGAAUGAGGAUGGGGUAUGUACAGACCCUCAGCACUUCCUUCCCUGGCAGCUUCUUCAUUCUCUCAGGGAGGUGCAUUUUAAGACCCCAGAUGGAAAAGAGACCAUGUUUGAUGCCAAUGGAGACAUAGUUACAGAGUUUGACAUUCUUUGUGGGCAGAAGACUGAAGACGACCUGUUCCACUUUGUUCGCAUAGGCACAAUUGACCCACAAAGUUCUUUGGAGAACAGAAUGAUAGUCCGCUUAAGGAAAGAGAAUCUCCAGGUUCCCAGGUCUGUCUGCAGCAGGAGCUGUGCUCCAGGAUCCAGCCAGAUCCCCCGACAGGGAUUUCCCCACUGCUGUUUCAAGUGCAGCCCCUGCCCUGAUGGAGAGUUCGCAGACCAAGGAGACAUGAGGAGAUGUCUCCUGUGCCCCAAGGAGCAGUAUUCAAACCCUGCCAGAGACCGCUGCCUACCCAGGAUCGAGACCUUCCUGGCCUUUGAUGAGCCCCUGGGUCUCACACUGGCCUUGGUAGCACUCAUGUUGGCCGCCCUGGCAGUGCUGGUCCUUGGGGUGUUCCUGAAGCACUGGGACACACCCGUGGUCAGGGCUAACAACAGAGCUCUCAGCUACACGCUCCUCAUCUCCCUGACCCUCUGUGCCCUCUGUCCCUUGCUCUUCCUCGGCCGACCCACUACUGCUACCUGCUUUCUACGCCAAACCACCUUUGCCAUCGUGUUCACCGUGGCUGUCUCCUCUGUCCUGGCCAAGACGCUCACUGUGGUCUUGGCCUUCAGGGUCAUCAGGCCAGGAGACAGGGUCCGGGUGUGCCUGAGACCUGGCACCUCCACUUCAGUAGUCCUCGUCGCCUCCUUAAUGCAGGUCAUGGUCUGUGGGGUAUGGCUGGGCACCCCCCCGCCAUUCCCAGACAGGGAUACAGCUUCUGAGCCACACCACAUCAUUCUUCAGUGCCAGGAAGGUUCUGAGACUGCUUUCUUUUGUAUGCUGGGCUACCUGGGCCUGCUGGCUGGGGGCACCUUCUCUGUGUCCUUCUUGGCCAGGGAUCUGCCUGAUGCCUUCAACGAGACCAAGUUCCUCACCUUCAGCAUGCUGCUCUUCUGCAGUGUCUGGGUGGCCUUCCUGCCCCUGUACCACAGUGCUCGGGGCAAGUUCACUGUGGCCGUGGAGAUCUUCUCCAUCCUGGCCUCCACUGCAGGGCUGCUGGGCAGCAUCUUCAUCCCCAAGUGCUACAUAACCCUGCUGAAGCCCCAGCAGAAUGUCCCAGCCUGGCUAAGGCGAGGAGGCCAAGCUCAUCAGGAAAGGCAGAGCAAUGAACUCUCAAAGAGACCUCUUCACACCACAAAGGCUCAUAAGCCAACCCACACUGAAGACAUCAGGGCCCCAUGA